AUGAGCACCUCUCUGGAUGCGAUCCUCCUACUUGCCAGCUGGACCUAUGUCUCACUCGCGCCGUACACCAAGGUCGAGGAAAGCUUCAACCUCCACGCGACACACGACGUUCUCAUGUACGGAGUCCGCCCGGGGAACCUUCACAAAUAUGACCACUUCGUCUUCCCCGGGGCCGUACCCCGCACUUUCGUCGGGAGCGUCCUCCUUGCCUGGCUCUCGCAGCUCUUCAUACGAGGGGCGCUGUUGCUGGGACAUGUCACGGACAAGGUGGAUAUUCAGGUGCUAGUUAGGCUCGCGCUGGCGAGUGUCAAUGCGUUUGGACUGUCUUUGCUGCGUCGAUCGAUCUCGCGGCGUUUUGGAGGGCCUACCAGCGUGUUGUUCACCUUCUUGACCUGCUCUCAAUUCCAUCUUCUGUUUUGGAUGGGCCGUACUCUCCCCAAUAUGUUCGCACUCUUGCCAGCCAAUGUGGCUCUGUACCUCUUGGUGGAUAGGGCACCUAACGCGACGCGACCUUCUCAAGAGAACGUGCACCGCGCAAUCGCUAUACUGACCUUCGCUACCGUGGUAUUCCGCUCGGAGCUUAUCCUCCUCCUGGGGCCCCUCGUGCUACAGGUCAUCGUGCGGCAGUACACGUCUAUAGCUAAUGUCUUGAGAGUCGGCAUAAUUGCUGGUACUCUGUCCGCCGCCCUCACCGUGCUAGUUGAUUCCUACUUCUGGCAGAGAUGGCCACUGUGGCCCGAAUUGCAUGGUGUAUAUUUCAACGCUAUCGAGGGCAAGAGCGCCGAAUGGGGUGUCUCGCCGUUUCACACGUACUUCAGCUCACAUCUUCCGAAACUGCUGCUGUCUGCUGCGCCUCUGUCGGUUCUCGGUGUAGUCCUCGACAAGCGAAUUCGUGGACUGCUGGUGCCAUACGUCGCGUUUAUUCUCCUCAUCAGCGGGCUUGGUCACAAGGAAUGGCGUUUCGUCAUCUACUCUGUGCCUGCAUUCAACAUCGCUGCCGCGCGCGGCGCAAACUGGCUCAUCAGUAGAAAGAAGAGCAGCCUCUUCGGUCGGCUAAGUUACCUCGCGGUCGCCGCGAUGCUCGGCGCGAACUGCCUCGCGACGUUCCUCCUCGCGCGCUCUGCGUGCGCAAACUACCCUGGUGGCGCGUCUCUUUACGCUUUCAACCAACUCCUCGUCUCUGAGCACAAUGUGCACGUCCACAUCUCGAACCUCGCCGCGCAAUCCGGCGCGUCCCUCUUCCUCCACUCGCACGCGCCGCCGUUCCUGCCGGGGCUCGCUCCCCCGUCUAAGUUCGGGCGCCCGGUUGAUUGGGUGUACAACAAAACGGAAGGCCUCUCCGUUGACGCACUCGCCGCGGCGCCGCAGAUCACGCACCUUAUCGCCGAGAUACCUGCGCUUACGCCUGAAGCGAUGGAGCACUGGAGCCCGGUCGCAGUCGUAGACGGGUUCGAUGGGUGGACAUUAAACGUUGAGAGCUUGAAGGCGGCGUUCAAAACGGGAGUAGGCGAGGGGCUGAGGACGCUGGGCAGUCUGCUGGAAAUGCGGAGGAGCGAAAAGCUGGUCAUCUUGAAGAGGCAAGUAUGA